GACAACGACUUGUGAGCCCCAUGGCGAUCGGUAGACGUGCCCCAGCCUUUGCUUCGACUGCUGUCUUGCAGGUUCGAGCAGGCUCAGGCAGAGCCCUUUCGACCAGCGCUGCAGCCCAGCAGCGGACAUACCGCGACACAAUCCCCAACCUCGCCCUCGGUCCGUCUUCUCGCGUUCUCUUGCUCAAUGCGACCGGUCGAGCCUCGACGCUGCAUGCCAAGCUGUCACUCUCGCUCGGCACCAACAUCGUCGGCGGCACCUCCUCCAAGUCGACACACCCCGAUGCGGAGCUGGCUCAGAAGUUUCCCCUGUUUCCGGAUGUCCGGACGGCCGUGCGAGAAUUAGGCGGCGUGGACGCGGCUGCCGUGUUUGUGCCGCCGAGUGCUGCGGCCGAUGCGGUGCUGGAAUGCAUCGAGGAGGAGAUUCCCACCGUGGUAGCCGUCGCCGAAGGGAUUCCGACGCGAGACCAGAUGCGCGUCAUGGCGGCCUUGCACUCCCAGUCCAAGUCGAGGUACCUCGGCGCAAACUCGCCGGGCUACACCAAUCCAAGAGGUGCACGGUUGGGAAUCGCACCCGUCGCUGCGGCCAGCCCGGGGUGUAUCGGCAUCGCCGCUCGAUCGGGUACGCUGUCGUACGAGGCCAUGGGGGCCACAAAGGAUCUCGGCCUUGGACAGAGCUACUGUCUCGGUCUGGGCGGUGAUGCCUACCCUGGAACGCGCACGGAUGAGGCUCUAGAAUUUCUGCUAAACGAUCCCACGACUAAGGGCAUCAUCAUUGUUGGCGAGGUGGGAGGCACGAUGGAGGAGGACGUGUCCGACUAUCUCGACUCUCUCCCUUCACCACCGUCCAAACCCAUCGUGGGCUUCAUUGCAGGCCUCGGCGUUCCCGAAGGGAGAUCCUACGGCCAUUCUGGUGCAAUCUACCACGAUGGUUCCGCCCACUCUGCCUUGCAGAAGCGCAAAAGGUGGAUGGCGUCAGGCGUGCGUGUCACGGGCACCAUUGGCGAGACGGCCAUGGCGAUCAAAGAAGAGAUGGAUCGACUAGGGAUCGAGUAUCCCUAGUGUUACAGCCUGUAGAGGAGCUUGUACUCUGGAAUCGCACCUUUGCAACGAGCCUCAUCAUCUUGCUCAGGCAGCGACAUCAGUGUGAAGCCAGCCUUUUGAAGCACGCGCACUGAUGCCUCGUUGCCCUUAUACGCGCUCGAUUUGACCUCGAGCAGUCUUCUCCCUUCUUGGUUCUCAGCUCUCGAAACGGUGAUACGCUGGAGAAGCGAGAGCAGCGACCGGACGG